AUGUCAUACACAAGCGAAAAUGACCACUCCGGCACCGGCCAAGACGCCUUCAUCUCCAAAGACCACGGCCUCGCCUACUGGGAAUCCAUCUCUGCCGACGAGAACGGCAUGCUGGGCGGGAUCCCCAGCGUCGCCGGCUUCGCCAACACGUCCAAGAUUGACCUGCAGGGCUCUCGUAAUUUCCUCGCCAAGUUCGGCAUCGGGUCCAGGUCCAAGUCCAAGUCCACACCGGGGCUGCGGCAGUGCAAGCGCAUCAUCGAGGGCGGGGCGGGCGUGGGACGGAUCACGGAGGGAUUGUUGACUGAACUACUACUGGAUGAGGACGGAAAAGUGGAUGUGAUCGAGCCGAUUGCCAAGUUCACGGCCAAGCUGCAGGGCAAAAAGGGCGUGGGGAAGGUGUACGUGAUGGGGCUGGAGGAGUGGGCGCCUGAGUUUCAGUACGAUUUGGUGUGGACGCAGUGGUGCGUCGGGCACUUGACGGACGAGCAGCUGGUGGAAUACCUCAAGAGGUGCAAGAGCGUGCUGGCGGAGGAUGGGCUGAUUGUGAUCAAGGAGAACACGACGGUGAUGGGGCACGAUGAGUUUGAUGAGGAGGAUAGUAGUGUUACGAGAGGCGAGACGACAUUCCAGAAUAUCUUCCAAAAGGCUGGGUUGAGGGUUGUCAAGGCCGAGUUCCAAAAGGGAUUCCCCCAGACGAAGACUAUGAAACUUCUUCCGGUGCGGAUGUACGCUUUGAAGCCUUAG